AAUAUUAGGUUGUGACUUCAUGGGCAGCCUAUUAGAACUAUAGGCUAUAUAAACCAGUCAGUGCAUGUGUGGGAGACUCUUCUCUACAGCAUCAGAUAACAGUAAUCGUCUGUGAGGCUGGUUUUGUGUAAACCACAAUAGAUCAACAAGAACUAGUUGGCUACUGUAGAUCUACUGUAGCAAGGCACACCACCUACCUACCUAGUUGCCAACUACUACCUACCUACUAGAUCCAGUAUAUUACAAGGAACACCUUGCUGCUGCACUACUUCAAUCAAACUGCCCCAAGUAUAAAUCUAUAUCUACAGUGUUCACUGAUCACAAUGCCUGUGUUUGGACAAUCCAAGAAAACUCCAAAUGAUCGACGGAGAUCCAGUAGAUCCACACCUCCCAAAGAUACCCGUACGACAUCGCCCAAAGAUAAUCGUGCCACACCUCCCAAAGAUACCCGUGCCACACCUCCCAAAGAUACCCGCACUACACCCCCACCUGUUCCACCACCCUCACACUGGUCAAAUGCUCCACCCCCUAACACGGUGGUGCCUCCGAGACGAGAGCUGGUGUUCCACUGCCAGCUGGCUCAUGGAAGUGCCACAAUAGACGUCAAAGAUUUCUCAAAUGUAAAAGAGCUCUACGGAAAAAUAGCGGAGGCUUUUAGAAUAUCCGUUUCAGAGAUCGUCUUCUGCACACUCAACACACAUAAAGCGGACAUGUCUCGACUUUUAGGCGGUCAAAUCGGUCUGGAAGACUUCAUAUUCGUGCACAUUAGAGGCCCGAUAAAGGAGGUCACACUGAACAAGACAGAGCCUGCCCUGGGUCUCACCAUCACAGACAAUGGAGCUGGUGUGGCCUUUGUGAAGAGACUGAGAGAAGGAAGUAUUGCUCAGCGACAUCCACAGAUUGAAGUUGGAGACAUGAUCAUCUCAAUUAAUGGCCGGAAGAUGGACGGCUGUCGGCACUUUGAGAUUGCCAAGCUACUGAAGGACAUACCGCUCUCUUCACAAAUUGUGCUGAGACUCUCAGAGACAAAGAAGGCUUUUGAGUCUAUAGCUCCCCGAGGUGCAUCAAGGGGAGCCAUGGCUGUGCCUGUGAUGGACGGAGACACGGGGAAACUGGAGGAGAUGGUCAGUCGUGGAGAGGGGAGGGCUACUCUCAGACUAAAGAAAGAUGGGCAAGCAGUAGUGGAGGAAGUGAAACCAUGGGAGGGUCGUGCUGCAUCGAGAGUGGAUGAUCUCCUGGAGACCUUCUUGGGAAUCAGGGACUUAGAGUUAGCUCAGACAAUGGUGGACCUCGCUCGACAGAAGACCACCCUCCAACAGUUUUCAGCUGUCAUGAGCGAGACACUGGGAGAGUUCGAGUUCCCCGAUGACUUUGUAACCGACGUGUGGAGCUCUGUGCUUAGAGCAAAGGCAGCUAUUGGGAACAGUUAGAUUAAUUAUGCAUCCUGUUUUUAAAUUAUCACUUUGUGUGAAGAUAAUUAUAUUUAAUGAAUCGUAUUUUUACAUUUACAGUUAA